UGUUAACACUCUGAGGGGACCCAAGAUGGCGGAAUACUGACUGACGGAAUUGAAAUUAUCAAAAUAAACCGUUCGGGAAGAAAUAGAAAGGACGGGCAUAUGUAAAACGUUUCGUAAAAAAAUACGGAAUUAUUGCGCUGCUUUGACAUCUAAAUUUUGAGAUGGUAGUGUAAUAGCAAGAAGAGGCUCGUCCGUCCGCGGCUCGAGCCCAGGACAGAACAACAUGGCGGAACAUACGGGCAAGAUAUAAAUAAUAAAGAAUAUAUAUAUUGCUAGCAAGUUACGCACAGGCAUUUGGUUAAGUACUAGGCGGAAAUUUUGAAUGUAUCUAUUAACUUAAGAAAAUUGCAGUUAGUUUCUUAUAGGUUUGUUCUGACGUUUACAGGACAAUGAGAAACAGGCAGUUGCGGGUAGCCGAAAACACCAUUUAUCUUGUGGUACUCUGAUGACUCUUCUCCCUUUUUUAAGUUUUUCUGUGAACUAAGAUUAGGUACUGUGCGCCAAGUGUUCAGUAGUAGCCCGACUACAAUUAGUCUUGCUUUAUUUCCGAGGUUUGUUUCUUUGCCGUUGUGAAACGAAAGGGUCAUAUUCACUUUACAACAGCGCCUGAAUGUAAUAAUGGCGAGAGCGCCACAAAUAAGGAGGCCUAGUUAGCUGCUCCUCCCGUACGAAGCCACCAUCCCUGCAAACUUCUUGUGAUGUGUUGGCCAUUGAAGUGAGGACUGCUGUUUCCCUACAGGACUUCGCUAGCCAUUCUCGGAAAGGCGAGAUUUUGAGGGCGCGAGGUGGGAGGUGUCGAGUUCAGGUUUUCGGGUGUAAACAGGCGGGAGGGCUUGCAGCAUGACGGACACUCGGCGACGAGUGAAGGUUUACACCCUGAAUGAGGAGCGGCAGUGGGACGACCGGGGCACCGGCCAUGUGUCGUCCGGCUACGUCGACCGGCUGAAAGGCACGUCCCUGCUGGUACGCGCCGAAAGCGACGGUUCUCUUCUUCUGGAGUCAAAAAUAAAUCCUAACACUGCAUACCAGAAACAGCAGGACACAUUAAUAGUAUGGUCUGAGGCGGAGAACUACGACUUGGCUCUUAGCUUUCAAGAGAAGGCAGGGUGUGAUGAAAUAUGGGAGAAAAUAUGCCAGGUCCAAGGGAAGGAUCCAUCAGUGGACAUCACCCAGGACCUUGUGGAUGAGUCCGAGGAGGAGCGCUUUGAGGACAUGUCAUCACCAGGCCUUGAGCUGCCUCCUUGUGAACUGAACCGGCUGGAGGAGGUGGCAGAGCUUGUGGCGUCCUCACUGCCUUCACCUCUGCGCCGCGAGAAGCUGGCCCUGGCCGUGGAGAAUGAGGGCUACAUCAAGAAGCUCCUGGAGCUCUUCCAUGUCUGCGAGGACCUGGAGAACCACGAGGGGCUGCACCACCUCUAUGAAAUCAUAAAGGGAAUCUUUCUGUUAAACAGAACAGCACUUUUUGAAGUAAUGUUCUCAGAGGAAUGUAUCAUGGACGUGAUUGGGUGCCUGGAGUUUGACCCCUCCCUGCCCCAGCCCAGAAGGCACAGGGAGUUCCUGACUAAGACUGCCAAGUUCAAGGAGGUCAUCCCAAUUUCAGACCCUGAACUUAAGCAGAAAAUUCACCAGACAUACCGAGUACAGUACAUUCAGGACAUGGUCCUGCCCACCCCAUCUGUCUUUGAGGAAAACAUGCUGUCCACUCUCCACUCUUUUAUCUUUUUUAAUAAAGUGGAAAUUGUGGGAAUGUUACAGGACGAUGAAAAGUUCUUAACAGACCUAUUUGCACAACUAACUGAUGAAGCGACAGAUGACGACAAAAGACACGAGCUGGUAAAUUUCCUAAAGGAAUUUUGUGCAUUUUCACAAACACUGCAACCUCAAAACAGAGAUGCCUUCUUCAAAACCUUGUCAAAUAUGGGCAUCCUACCAGCACUAGAAGUUAUAUUGGGAAUGGAUGAUCCCCAAGUGCGCAGUGCAGCAACUGACAUCUUCUCCUAUCUGGUGGAGUACAACCCUUCCAUGGUACGAGAGUUUGUGAUGCAGGAGUCUCAACAGAAUGAUGAUGACAUACUUCUGAUCAACCUCAUUAUCGAACACAUGAUCUGUGAUACGGAUCCGGAGCUGGGCGGUGCUGUGCAGCUGAUGGGGUUGUUGCGUACGCUGGUGGACCCAGAGAACAUGCUCGCCACCGCCAAUAAAACUGAGAAAACAGAGUUUCUGAGCUUCUUCUACAAACACUGCAUGCAUGUGCUCUCAGCACCGUUACUGGCUAACACCACAGAGGAGAGGCCCAGCAAAGAUGACUUCCAGACGUCCCAGCUGUUGGCGCUGAUCUUAGAGUUGCUGACGUUCUGCGUGGAGCACCACACCUAUCACAUCAAGAACUACAUCAUCAACAAGGACAUCCUGCGUAGGGUGCUGGUGCUUAUGUCUUCAUGCCAUGCCUUUCUUGCACUCUGUUCACUUCGUUUCAUGCGGAAAAUAAUUGGACUAAAGGAUGAAUUUUACAAUCGCUACAUCAUGAGGAAUUUUUUGUUUGAACCAGUUGUAAAAGCCUUUCUCAGCAAUGGAUCUCGUUACAACCUUAUGAACUCCGCCAUAAUUGAAAUGUUUGAGUAUCUCAGAGUGGAGGAUGUGAAGUCUCUGACUGCUCAUGUAAUAGAGAACUACUGGAAAGCACUUGAAGACAUAGACUAUGUUCAGACAUUUAAAGGACUGAAACUGCGGUAUGAGCAACAGAGAGAGAGGCAGGACAACCCAAAACUGGACAGUAUGCGGUCAAUUCUGAGGAACCACCGAUACAGACGGGAUGCACGCACACUUGAGGAUGAAGAGGAGAUGUGGUUUAAUACAGAUGAAGAUGACUUGGAAGAUGGAGAGGCCAUUGUGCCACCUUCCGACAAGAUGAAGAGUGAUGACGACCUCAUGGACCCAAUCAGCAAGUUCAUGGAGAGGAGAAAAUUGAAAGACACUGAAGAGAAGGAGGUGUUGGCCAAGUCAAACCUGUCUGGACGUCAGAGCCCCAGCUUCAAGCUGUCCUUCUCCAGUGCCUCCAAAGCCAGCCUCACCAGUUCGUCCUCCGCCAGCCUCCACCCCGGGUCGCCCGGCUCGCCAGGGUCGCCCGGCUCGCUGGGCUCUGCUGCCUCCCCCGGCUCACCGGGCUCUGGGGCCAAAAGCCCGACGCCGACAGCAGCCAUCACCACCAAGAGUGGAAUCGUGGGGCUGGUGGAUUACCCUGACGACGACGAGGAGGAGGAUGAGGACACGGAGAACAAAGAGGAGAGUCCGCCACUCUCCAAAAAAUCUAAGCUGAGCUCCUAAGAACAACUGGCUCUCGCAUGCCUAUCCCUGGGCUUGAAAAUCUGAUGUUCAGGAAACUCUCACUUCCAACAACUCCAUAAAAAUAAAAAAAGGAAAAUUUAACUAAACAGAUUAUAAAAGACUACAUCGUUUUUUGGGGGGUUGUGAGGUCUGAAAGAAAAAAAUAGACCCCCUCACCUAGUUUUCACACUCUGUUCUCUCGUUCAAGUGCCAAUCUGAGAAGAAAUUGAGAGGAGAAAGAGGGAUUUUACUGAUCUUGGAUGAAACAAGAGACUAUAAAGUAACAAAUUUGGGGGGAGGAACCCGGACGCAAAACUGAUGGCCGCGAGAGCUUUGGGGUUCGGACCCCGCUUUGUACCCCCCUCUCAGGGAUGAACAAUGUAGCGGCUCCAGCAGGCCUGCAGACCCAUAGCCACCACUCAGCAGUAACCACUCCUAUCAGAGCAGACUAUACUUUCCCUUCUUUUCUUCUUUUUCUUUUACAUUUUUCUUUUUUUUUGGACCAGGACUUUGCAGCUUUAAACGAAGUACUAAGCUGUUCUCGAUGUUCACAUCAUCGUUGUUAUUGGUCAGCAGAAGUUUCUCCCCUAAAAUGCCAGCAGUUUCCGUCUCUCUUUUUUUUUAUGACCUGCCUUCAUAUGUUCAGGAUGUUUUCAGUCAGUUUAGAUCAGGUUUUUAAGAACAUCUAAAGGGGGAAUAGUCGGAAAAGGUUCCCUCUUAUUUUAUCUUUCUUUUUUGCCCUUUGAAACUGCAGAUUUUGGAAAUAUCCCUUGAUUAAAGAUUGAGUGGAAUUCUAGAUGUGAUCAUUUUGUCAUAUCUUUUCCUUUUUUUCAUGAGUGUACACUUAGUUGUUGAGUAUAUCUGGGACCAUUAAACAAAUCUUUGAUGUAAUAUAAUUUUA